AUGGGGGUAACUUUCUCUCUCACGUUCACCACUUUCCUAGACUCAGUUACGUUGCUAAUUGUGUUGUUGGUGUUGCAGAAAAAGAAGACAGGUGGCGGCAACGGGAACAAGGAGAACGAGGACGGCACAACCACCGUCGUUUUAAAGCUAGACUUCCAUUGCGACGGUUGCGCUUCCAAAAUCACUCGACACCUUCGCGCUUUCCGAGGUGUGGAGACGUUGAAGGCGGAGAGCGGCGCCGGCAAGGUAACGGUCACCGGGAAAGUUGACCCCACGAAGGUGAGGGACAACCUGGCGGAGAAGAUGAAGAGGAAGGUGGAAAUUGUUUCUCCGCAGCCCAAGAAGGAGAAGGAGAAGGAGAAGGAGAAGGAGAAGGAGAAGGAGAAGGAGAAGGAGAAGGAGAAGGAUAACAAGGACACCAAAACCAACAACAAAAUCCACGACAAGAAAAACAAAGAGGUGGUGACUACCGCUGUUCUGAAGAUGGCAUUGCAUUGCCAGGGUUGCUUGGACAGGAUUGGAAGGACCGUGCUGAAAACCAAAGGAGUACAAGAAAUGGGUAUCGACAAGGAAAAGGAAACGGUGACUGUGAAGGGUACGAUGAAUGUUAAGGCUCUGGUGGAGAAUCUAACGGAGAAGCUGAAGAGGAAGGUUGAGGUGGUCCCUCCAAAGAAAGAGAAGGAGGGUGACAAGGAAGGUGAGAAGGACAAGGAAGGAUCAGGGAAGAAGAAGAACAAGAGUGGUGGUGGUGGAGGAGAUAAUAAUGAAGAGGGAGGAGAGAAAAUAGAUUACAACAGAAUGGAGUAUUUGCCACAACCUGCUUUUGGAUUUGGUUAUGGUUAUGGUUAUGGACAGAGCAAUGUUGGUGGCCAUAGCUAUGUGCCAGUGUACCCGGAGCAGAUGCACUUUCACUUGCAUGCACCACCACCACAACUUUUCAGUGACGAGAACCCGAAUGCUUGUUCUGUCAUGUGA